CACAGAGGGAAACGCGGAAGUGGCCAAACAUUGUUCUCUUGCAGACGCCGUAGAGCCGAUGUUGCUGUUUCGCGUCCGUUUAUUGUCAUUUAUCGUAUUCGGCCACUUACACACGCUUCCACAGGCUGAAAAAUGACUCCAAACUCGAGCUCCUGACCCUUGUCAACGUCAUCACGCCACAUUUGAGCUAGGUUCCACAGCUGGUGACUCAUGCUUUCUGAUGAGCUCGACUCCAAGCCAGAGCUGCUGGUGCAGUUUGUCCAGAGCGCGUCCAUCCCUCUGGGCCAGGGUCUGGAGGACUCUGAAUGUAAGCAGCCCCCUCUGCCGCUGCUGGCCCCGGCGGAUGGUCCACUGUGCAGCCAGCUGCAGCUGACAGAUGGCGCCUUGAGCCCAGAGCCGGAAACCUCUCCGCCUCUGUCAGAGUUCGGAGGUCUGCCGGAGCGCAGCCCCCUGGUGGUGCAGACGGCCACUCAUCUCCGAGCGUCGCCCAGCCCGCCGCCCAUCCUGCAUGACCUUCAACAGUCGGAGAGCACGUCCUACGUGCUGCUGAACCUGGCGAAAGGCAUCACAGCCGCCUCAGACUCCCUGAUAUUUGCCACAGAUGGUGCUGGAGAGGAGGAAGAGGAGGGGGAGGAGGAGGGGAUCUCAUCUGGGGACUACGGGCUGGAUGGCAGCGCGCCUUGGUAUCUGCGGGUCCAAGAGCUCGCCCACGACAGCCUGAUCGCCGCCACGCGGGCGCAGCUCGCCCGAGAUGCCAAGGCCAGCCAGGACGCUCGUGCCGCCAGCACCACCAACGGCGACCACGCUUUGCCAUCCGAGGAGGACAAGCGCGAGCCGCCAUCCAGGACGAACCACCCGCUGUCCAAGCAGAUCCUCCGCUGCUCCUUCGAGGGCUGCUGCCGGACCUUCACCUGGCCGGCGCACCUCAAGUACCAUCUGAAGACCCACAGAAAUGACCGAAUGUUCCGCUGCGGCGCUGAAGGCUGCGGGAAGAGCUUCUACGUGCUGCAGAGGCUGCAGGUUCACAUGAGGACGCACAACGGCGAGAAGCCCUUCAUGUGCAAGGAGAAGAACUGUGGCAAGAAGUUCACCACGGCUGGGAACUUGAAGAACCACCGACGCAUCCACACAGGAGAGAAGCCGUUCCUCUGUGAGGCGGACGGCUGCGGUCGCUCCUUCGCCGAGUAUUCCAGCCUCCGGAAGCACACACUGGUGCACUCGGGUGAGAAGCCUCACCACUGCGGGAUCUGUGGGAAGACGUUCUCCCAGUCUGGCAGCAGAAACGUCCACAUGAGGAAGAGACACGGAGACGAAGGCCAUGCCAGCGAAGGAAGAGAAACGGGGGAAGCACUCACACAAAGCAGCUUGCUGGAGGCUGACGGAGAGAACGGAGACAGCAUGGUUGCCAUGGCGACGGCGGUGGAGCCAAUCGAUCUUCAUCACGCCAUGCUCACGUCGCCAGACUCUGCAGACUCAGUGGUUCUCUCGCAGCCUCAUGAGUUGGUAUCCAUGGCAACAGAAGACCCCACGUACGGGGAGGACGUGGUGGCGCUGCUGUGACCCCCUGCACCGCGGGCAGGUCACUUGUGUAGAUAUGUACUGAACUGUUGACUAUAGAGGCUCUACCAAUGGUCCCAAAGACGAACGUGGGUUUAGAAACAUGUCCAGGAAAGGUCUUGCGUACAAAAGUGUUAUCAGAGAAGAUUCAGGCCGGAGAGGUUGAUACAACGCAGUGACGGUAGUGACUCACUCGCUGGUGAGUCACUACCGCCUUGCUCAUUAGCUGCUUCUUUUGACUGGAAGAGGGAGACUCCAUUACUCAUGAGAGCGGGCGAGCGUGCUCCUCACUGGACCUUCAGGUUGUGGACGUGCUUCAGGACGGCGCCCAGAGCCCAGCUGGCCUCCACGCUCCUCACUUUCUUGGUCAGCUGCAAGACAACACCAAAUGCCUUUUGUAUUUAUUAAAAUAAAACCAUUAU